GGCGGAACCGGCAUCGGCCCUGGCUGCGGGCAGCUCCAGCUCGGCCCCGGGCCCGCUCGGGCUGUGGCGGGGAUGGCGGCGGCGCGGCGGGCACGGGCGGGCGGUGGAGGAGCGGGGCCGGGUUUCGGGAAGGUGGCAGAACCGCCGCCGGUACCGCAGGGAUUGCUGCGGCUGGCGCGGCGCAGCGGGCAGCUCAACCUGGCGGGACGCGGCCUCACCCACGUGCCUGAGCACGUGUGGAGGAUCAACCUGGACACUCCGGAGGAAGCCCAGCAGAACCUGUCCUUUGGAGCUGCCGAUCGCUGGUGGGAGCAGACGGACCUGACCAAGCUGAUYCUGGCCUCCAACAAGCUGGAGAGCMUCUCGGAGGAUGUCCAGCUGCUGCCUGCCCUCACCAUGCUGGAUGUACAUGACAAUCAACUGACAUCACUUCCCUCUGCUUUAGGGCAACUAGAAAAYCUCCAGAAACUCGAUGUCAGCCACAACAAACUGCGGAGCCUCCCUGAGGAGCUGCUGCAGCUGCCCCGUCUGAGGAGCCUCCUGAUGCAGCACAACGAGCUGAGCCUCCUGCCGGAGGGGCUGGGGCAGCUCCUCACCCUGGAGGAGCUGGAUGUGUCCAACAACCACCUCACAGCCAUCCCAGCCAGUUUUGCUCUGCUGGUGAACCUGGUCCGCCUCAAUCUGGCCUGUAACCAGCUCAAGGAGCUGCCUGCAGAUCUCAGUGCCAUGAAAAGCUUGAGACAACUGGAUUGUACCAAAAACUACCUGGAGACUGUCCCUUCUAAAUUAGCAACCAUGGCAUCCCUGGAGCAGCUUUAUCUGAGGAAAAACAAACUGCGUUCCCUGCCAGAGUUUCCYUCCUGCAAGUUACUGAAGGAAUUACACGCUGGGGAGAAUCAGAUUGAAAUCCUGAACGCUGAGAAUCUGAAGCAGCUGAGCUCCCUGUGUGUKCUGGAGCUCAGGGACAACAAGAUCAAGACAGUUCCUGAGGAGAUCACGGUGCUGCAGAAACUGGAGAGGCUCGACCUGGCCAACAAUGACAUCAGUAGGUUGCCUUACACCCUGGGGAACCUUCCUCAGCUGAAAUUCCUGGCCCUGGAGGGMAAUCCUUUGAGAACCAUUCGSAGAGACCUGCUGCAAAAAGGCACCCAGGAACUGCUGAARUAUCUGCGAAGCAAAAUCCAAGAUGAAGGACCUGGCCCCAAUGAAGAGCCUCCUGUGACAGCCAUGACUCUUCCCAGCCAGUCCAAGGUCAACAUCCACGCCAUAACCACACUGAAAUUAUUGGAAUACAGUGACAAGCAGGCUGCUGAGAUCCCCGACGCCGUGUUCGACGCCGUGGGUGCCAAUCCCGUGGCCACCGUGAACUUCAGCAAGAACCAGCUCAGGGAGGUGCCCCCAAGGCUGGUGGAGCUGAAAGACUCCGUGUGUGACGUCAGCCUGGGCUUCAACAGAAUCUCCUCACUUUCCUUGGAGCUGUGCACGCUCCAUAAACUGACCCAUCUGGAUCUCAGAAACAAUGUUCUGACAGCCUUGCCCGAGGAAAUGGAGGCACUGAAAAGACUGCACACAAUCAAUCUUGCUUUUAAUAGGUUUAAGGUGUUCCCCAGUGUCCUGUAUCACCUCCCAGCCCUGGAGAACAUCCUGCUCAGCAACAACCAAGUGGGAUCCAUCGACCCUCUGCAGCUGAAGGGUUUGGAAAAGCUGGGAACUCUGGACCUGCAGAACAAUGAYCUCCUCCAGGUGCCCCCAGAGCUGGGCAACUGUGAGAACCUCAGGAGCCUGCUGCUGGAAGGGAACCCUCUGGCACUGCCAUCUCAGCCUGGUCUGGCCAAGGGCACAGCUGCUGUGCUGGAAUACCUGCGGAGCCGCAUUCCCACCUGAUCCUGGCAUUGCCACCUCAGCCUGGCAUUGCCACCUCAGCCUGGCCUGGCCAUUCCCACCUGAUCCUGGCCUGGCCAAAGGCUCAGCUGCACUGCUGCAAUUCCUGUGGAUCUGCAUUCCCACCUGAUCCUGGCCUGGCCAAAGGCUCAGCUGCACUGCUGGAAUACCUGCAGAGCUGCAUUCCCACCUGAUCCUGGCCUGGCCAAAGGCUCAGCUGCACUGCUGGAAUUCCUGUGGAGCCACAUUCCGGCCUGGGCACCGCAGGACAAGCCAGGUACCCCCUGUGUCACCAGCACUCUGGAGCUCCACUGCCUCYUCCUCCUCCUCUUCUUCCUCCUCCUUGUGCCCACCCAAAAYUGGUGUUCUGGCAUUCAGACCCCACCUGUGAACCAUUCCCUGUGCAUGUUCCAGUGGGGAUUUCAGCCCCCCACGCUCUGUUUACAGUUUGUAAUAAAGGACAGCAUGGCAAGCUGCCUUCAGCCCAGCCCUGGUGCUUCAUGCAGYUGAGCUGGGUCUGAGGGGAGCUGGCACCACCAAAGCUGGGGCCAAGGCAGAAAGGAGCGCUGUGAUUUUUGUGUCCCUUUUUUUAUUUUGUUUCACUGGUGUCCCCAGAGCUGCCCCCGGUGUGAGUGGGGUUGGGUGCUUGGGGUGGGAGGUGCCCCCUGGGUGUGCAGGGCUCAGCUGGGUGAAAAUGGGGCUGGUGGUGGCAGCUCUUUGACCUUGGGGACAAGGAAUGUUCCUCUGGAAUGUCUGCCUUGGGUYCUUUGGGUUGUCACUGAGCUUUGGGGACAGGAGCAGGAGAUGUUUCUCCUGUUCAAACACUUUUAGUGUCCUGCAGAUGGUAUCUGUAACAGCAAUGGUGCUGCACUGGGGAUAGGGCUCCAAACCUUCCAAAGACUGAAAACCCUUUCCAGAAAGGAAUUCCUCCUAAUACCCACCCUGCCCCUGCCCUGGCACAGCUUG